CGGCCGCUCUCCUCCUUCACAGGGUGACACGUCCGCGGUGAGUGAGUGGCGUUGGCAGGCUGUCAAUCCCUCACCGGAGCGGCCAUCAAACAACAUAAAACACACACAGGCACCGGGCGGCGGGGCUCAUAAAUUCCAGCGGGCCGAUAUUUUUGCACAUUGCUUUGCAGAGAGUGUGUAAUUAAUUUUUUUACAGUUCUUUCCCCGUUAUUUCCGCUCUUUUCUUUGCACAAGUUCAAACUUUUGAUUGCUGCUGUUUUACCCCCGUUGCACAGACUUGGGAUCGUUUGUUAUUUUUCAGGGGGGAGGGCGAUUAAUUUUUUUUUUUUUUUUAAUUUUUCCCUCUGUGAUUGUGUUUUCUUGGCUUUUUUUUUAUGUUGCAAUUUGGGGGUGGGGGUGUUCUCCUGGUUUGUUGUGGUUUUUGCUGUUUGCCACCCUCCUAACUUCUUGAGGAUUUGAAAGCGAGUUUUUGUGAUUUUGUAUGCAAUUUUUUUUUUUUUUUUAAUUUUGCCUUUUUGCAAAGAAGAUUUUUGGACAAGUGGGGAAAGACAUAAAAAGCAACAAUAAAAAUAAAAAAGGAAAAAAAAAAAAAAAAAAAAGCUUUGGAGGAAGAUUGUACCAGGAAAAGAAAACUGCAAAGAAACCUUAUCAACUCAUUUAUCCAAGCCACAAAUAUGAUGAUGAAAGAAGAUUGUAACUAAAGACGAGAGUGAUUUACUGCACUGGGAAGAAGAGAGUGGAAUAAACAGCUGAGAUCCGGUCAAAACACAAAUACUGAUUUUUUUUUGUUGUUGUUGUUGUUGUUUUCUUUGGCUUUUUCCUUUUUUAUUCUCUGGCGUGUGUGUGCAAGAGCGGGCGCGGCGCCGGGCGCUGGGACUGCCGGGGGAGCCCGGGGUGCUGCUGCUGUGCCCCCGCCGCCCGGGCCGCGGCACAGCCAUGGACGAUCAGUCCAGGAUGCUGCAGACUCUGGCCGGCGUGAACCUGGCCGGGCACUCGGUGCAGGGGGGCAUGGCCCUGCCUCCUCCCCACGGACACGAAGGGGCAGACGGCGACGGCAGGAAGCAGGACAUCGGCGACAUCCUCCAUCAGAUCAUGACCAUCACUGACCAAAGCCUGGAUGAGGCACAAGCAAAGAAGCACGCACUGAACUGCCACAGGAUGAAACCCGCCUUGUUCAGUGUCCUCUGCGAGAUCAAGGAGAAAACAGGUUUGAGCAUCCGAGGAGCCCAGGAGGAAGACCCUCCCGAUCCCCAGCUAAUGAGACUAGACAAUAUGCUUCUGGCAGAAGGAGUCUCAGGUCCGGAGAAAGGUGGGGGAUCGGCGGCAGCAGCUGCAGCCGCAGCAGCCUCUGGAGGGUCUUCAGAUAACUCUAUUGAACACUCAGAUUACAGAGCCAAAUUGACCCAGAUCAGACAAAUCUAUCACACAGAGCUGGAGAAAUAUGAACAGGCAUGUAAUGAAUUUACCACACAUGUGAUGAACCUUCUCAGAGAACAGAGCCGGACACGUCCCAUUUCUCCCAAGGAGAUUGAAAGGAUGGUGGGCAUCAUUCAUCGAAAAUUCAGCUCCAUCCAGAUGCAGCUCAAACAAAGUACUUGUGAAGCAGUAAUGAUUUUGAGAUCAAGGUUCCUCGAUGCCAGACGGAAAAGGCGUAACUUCAGUAAACAAGCCACAGAAAUCUUGAAUGAAUAUUUUUACUCCCACCUCAGUAACCCCUACCCCAGUGAAGAAGCCAAAGAAGAGCUGGCAAAGAAAUGCAGCAUCACGGUAUCGCAGGUGUCCAACUGGUUUGGCAAUAAGAGAAUCAGGUACAAGAAGAACAUCGGGAAGUUCCAGGAAGAAGCCAAUCUCUACGCCGCAAAGACGGCUGUGACCGCAGCGCACGCCGUGGCCGCGGCCGUCCAGAACAACCAGACAAACUCCCCCACCACACCAAACUCUGGUUCUUCUGGUUCUUUUAACCUCCCAAAUUCUGGGGACAUGUUCAUGAACAUGCAGAGUCUGAAUGGGGAUUCUUACCAGGGGUCCCAAGUCGGAGCCAAUGUGCAGUCACAGGUGGAUACCCUGCGUCAUGUUAUCAAUCAGACGGGAGGAUACAAUGAUGGCUUGGGAGGAAAUUCACUGUACAGUCCACAUAAUUUAAAUUCACGGACUUCACCAUGACUGUCGAGCGUUCCCUGUCCAGGGUCGUCUCCGCCGCCGCAGGGGCCGCCCGGCUGUGGGGCGGGAAAGGGGGGAGACCCAGCGUGAGAUACCGCAGCCACGGGGAGUGGGAGGCUUUUCCCCCUUUUGGGGCUGCCACUUGCCGUGAGAGUCAAUAUUAAUGAUUUAAAAUGUGAUUGAAGAUGUUCAAUUGUAAAGGGAAAAAAGUACCAUUAAAUACUCAAAUCUUUUACAUUUGAAAUGUCAAAUCUUUCUUUUUGGGUUUAUAAAUAACUCAUAAUAACCCACAACAAACCGUAUAAAAAGCCUUUUAGUUGCAUUUCUCCUUUUUCGUUUA